GGGGUUGUUCAUCGCGCGGGCAUCGAAACGCGUCGAAACGCGAGGCGGUCGGAUCGGACUGACUCGCGAAAAUCGAUCGGCAACCCGUCUCGCGCGCGUCGUCGUCCUCUCUCGGCGGCGGUUAUAGCGGCGUGCCCGCGCGACGAGGAAGCGUGCAGCGCGUCGCACGCGACAGCACGCGUCGCGUAGGAGAGUCCGAGUCGAGUUCCGCCGACCUCGAGGUAACGAGGGUGCGAAGGAGCUAGAUCGUGAAGGGAGCGAGAAGCGCGCGGCUCGGCUUUUCUUGCUCCGCAACACACCGGCUGAAGCCGCCGCGCCUCGCACCGAAGGCGAGAAAUUUCGUGGGAAAUUCAGCCGGUGUCGUCGACCCGCCACCGCCACCACUGCCGUCGCUGCCGCCGCCGCCACCACCGUCGCCGCCGCCGCCGUUGCCAUCGGCCCGCGAUCGGUCCGCGAUCGUUAUCGAGAUUUUCCCUCUGCGACUGAGUGCGAGAUCUCCUUCGGGAGAAGCGUGAGAAACGACAGCGCCGAUGGGGAUGUUGGAAUUCAGCGUUAUGCCGUCGGCAGCCGGCUGGUAAAGCGAGACGAACGGUUCGCUCGAAGUGCGCGUGUGAUCGCUACUUUCGAUUGACUGAUUUGAAAAGAAAGGGGUAAUCUGGAAGCACGGAAGUUCGAACUGACGGAAUUUUUGACAGAAAUUUGCGAACGAUCGGCUGUGAGUGAGCUAUCAGCAUCUGCCGCGAAGGAAAAAUCGUCGCGUCGUCAAUUGCGGUUGCUAAGAGACAAGAGGAAAGAGAGGUUCCGCGAAGGGGCUGAAUCAAAUUAAUCUCAAAUUACCCUUUAAAUUUUUGAGAGAAACGAUCAGCAGGGUCGAAAAAAAAAGAGAGAGCCUACAGAAGCGAGAACUAUCAGGUAUGACGGCCGUGUAUGACUAUCCGUAACUACUGCGGUGAAAUUUUUGCCCUGUCAAGAAGUAGAACAAUUCGCGCCAAUGAAAAACGGAACGUUCGCCGCUGUCGAAAAAUGUAGAGUCGAUUAAUUCGAGAGAGAAUUUUACCAACUCGUUCGUCGGUUUCAAGUAUUUUGCCGUUUUUUACAUGUGUUUUAUAUCGUCGGCUUUUUACGCACGGUAGCGCGCGUUAUACAUCUUAUAUUUUUGACGGUCUUUUUCUUCGCGGAGAAAAAAAAAGGAAACGCUACAAAAUGAUACAAGGGAUGAUCGAUCACGGCGGAAAUUGAGGACCAGUAGAAUAACAACGGAAGUAUCGUGCGUGUGUCGAAGUGCACGCCUCGUGCAGCGAGCGGGUCGGCCGAUCUGUCAUCGCCAUUGUCGAAUCGCCUAUACGGCGGCCCUAAACCUCGAAGGGUGGCAAGCCCCAGAAGGACGAUAAUCCCCGCGGAGAAAGGCGGUGCUUCGUCAGGACGCGUUGCGCCAUUUCAGGUGCGAGCCUCGAGCCUUCCGCUCGAGUGCUUUAGCGUGCCACGGGUGCUUUAGGCGAGCGAGCGAGCGAGCGCCUGGCGCUCUCGCGAAUCACGCGGCGAAAGAAAGCGUUCAACGGACAUCAAAAGACCCGAUGAUUAAUGAACGCGGGUAAUUAAGAAACAUUAAGGAAGGCUGCCGAAGGACUCCUCGAGAUCCUCGUACUAUUCGGAAGAGCGUGUCGUCCUUCCCCCUCCUCCCUCCUCCGUUGCGCCCUCCCCCUCGAGAGGAUCCUCGCCGGAGGACAUCGCCGUGGGGCUGGCGGUGGGAGGAGGCCGUCUACCUUCGAGGUAAGAGAGAAAGAGGAGAGAGAGAGAGAGAGAGAGAGAAAGAGAAAGGGAGGGAGGAAGAGAGAGAAAGAGGAGGGGUGGGAGGCUUUUAGGGGUGGAAAAUCGUUGGAGAAUACCGUCGCGGUGAAAUCACUCCUCUCGAACGCUCGCGAGACGAUCAGACCGCGAAGCAUCCCCCGCCGGGCUCGUCCUCUGCUCCCUAUAGCUUGCUUGCCUUUCGCCCCUUCGCCCUCUCGCCGGCACGAUGGAAGUGGAGGAAGUGGCUGUCUGAUCUCGGACAGAAUGACAAUAAGACUCCCCUUUGAUUAAUCGACGGAACAGACGGAAAGAGAGAGAGAGAGAGAGAGAGAGCGAGAGAUAGUGUAGGAGAGGGAAAGAGUAAGCGAGAGAAAGAGGGAAUUAGUCCUCUCGAGACGACGGAUUGUUUUGCAAGUGCUAAGAAGUUCCGGCUGUUAAUAGAACUGACUAAAUACAACUUUAACCGAGUAAGUUAGACAUAAAUCUACCGACUUGAACCAAGCGAUGCUUCGAAUAGCGCCGCACAUUGAGAUGUCACGCCUCUCCAUUAAAGUCGACUAGAUUGUUAAAAUAAAUUAAUACACGUAACACUCUCCUCGCUGAUAAUAAGAAGACAUUUUCGCUGUCGACCUGUGGCUCGUCCCGAACGUUUCAACGCGGUAAGAUACGUGUCGAAGUGCAACGAGUGCAACGAUUAAUCAAGCGGUUAACGAUUGUCUCCUCCCUCCCUCCCGCCCCUUUUCCAACUUGAAGGAUAAAGUUGCUCGACUAAUCCUUUCGUUGCAUCCGGCCGUCGAAGAACUUUCCAGACACACAGGAUAGCGCGGGGGGUGAGGUGCGCGACAAUAACGCGAAUGAAUUCGGGAGGAGAUGGGAUAAGUAGAGUGGAUCGAAAUUAGAAUCGUGUGCAGCAGAGUGGAAGAGGGUCGUGCUUGAUCAGGCGGACCGGCCGUCUCGAGCUCAAGCUGCACUACUGAAAAAGGACUCAUUUGCUUCAAGAGAUAUUUCGCGGUAUACGGCCAACAUAUCUGUAAAAUUGUACAUUACGUUCGACGAAGCGCGUCUCUAUCCGCAAAACACGACAAUAACAUACGCGCGCGACGAAACGCAUUAACGGAUAUUGAAAAUAAUUUGUAAUAAUCGAUCAUAAAACGUCGACGGGGAUUCCGAAGCCGGCCGGAUGUUUUCGAAUGUCCGUCUUUAUUUGAGCCGGCGACGGGCGUCAAUUUGAACGGUGAGUAAUCUGGGCCUCCAUGCAUCUUCCUGCACGAGUGACGAAUGCUGGGACGUAAUCGACAACGAUAACCGAACGUUAACAAAUCGCAGUGGGGACAGCGGGAAAAUUUGUGCGAUUGGGAGAGAACGAUAAAGUAAGGAGAAUACCGCGCGCGACAAAACCGUUACAACUAUCGAGAACUUAUUGUUCAAGUAGAGUUUGAUGAGCAUGAGAAAUAUAAUGGUAAUGUAGCAGCUGCAACGAGAGGAAUUGACCGCUUUCAAGUCCGAGAACAAUAAAGCUAAGAGAGGGUAAUCGAAAGCAGCCACGUGAAAACAACCGAAUAGCCGCUGUUCAACUUGAUAUCGCAACGUAAUAAAAAAAAACGACGAUAUAUAUAUUUUAGCAACCGAAUCGAUCGAGAAAGGACGAAAAUAGUGACGCGGUAGUAGGCGCGAGAACGUGAAUUAUUAACCUGAUGCAAAAGGUUUGUCCGUGACUUUUACCUGUCCCUCUAGAGCGACACUUAUUAUCGUUUCCCAUAUUCUUUAUUAUCAGUUUUAUCAAUUUUGAUAACAGCACAAAAAUCUCGCUCGUCGGUAACGAUAAAUCUAACGAAGAGCUUUGCUUAUCAAAGAAAUUUUAUUGCUCAAUUGCUUACCAAAUAUAAUCCUUUCCGAUUUAUGAAUGCACAAAAUUUAAUAUGAAUCAAUAUAACAAUUUACAGAGUAAAUACGUACAAUAGAGUAAAUACGUCAAAUGUAUUUUGAUAUUUUGAACAACGAAAGAGCCGACAAUCCUUUUGCACUGAUUUAGCAGUGAUACGCACAGUGCAACGUAGACACGCAGUGAAGGAAGGCGCAGAUUUGUCAGCCGGGCAUUUCGAUGCGCCUCGACGGCGGGCGUUUGGGCUUAAAGGAUUCGCACACGAGUCGGUGAAGUCGACGUUCCUGCGUGUGUUCGUCGUUCUGCACGCGCUGCCUGGACGAGAGGGAGCCGUGCGCGGGGACAGGUCCUUCCCGGUGUGGAAUGACAAUAAGGAGGCGCCGUACCCGCGGGGUGGUAUUAUGCCGGGAACGACGGAUUUGAGCGUGCCACCCAAGUGCCCGGCGAAGGUGUCGCAUCCCUUACGUGGGAUGGCACUCGGGACGCUGGCCGAGAUAGCGGUGAGACUCGUGAUUAGCGGCUACAUAUUCGCUGUGGUCGUCUACGUGAACGCCAGCGGCAACUGGGAUAAGGACGAUGACCUAGUAUCCACGUCUAAAGUCAGCGCCGUACUUGGCCGCACUGCCACUUUGCCUUGCGACAUUGAGCCGUCCACGCGAGAGGAUCGCGUCUACAUGGUCCUUUGGUUCCGCGAUUAUGCGGUGAAACCCAUUUACAGUUUCGAUGUGCGAGGACGGGCAUUCAACAAGGCCCUCAACUGGUCGGACAGCACUGCCGUGGGGCCCAGAGCCUAUUUCGUCACCGUGACGAAGCCUGCCACACUUUCCUUGGAGGCGGUCCAGCUCGACGACGAGGGUAUCUACAGAUGCCGGGUGGACUUCAAGAACUCGCCGACCAAGAACUUCCAAGUGAAUCUCACGGUGAUCGUACCACCGCACCAGCUACUCAUUUACGACAGUUCCGGGGUGCAGGUGGAGAGCAUCGCCGGGCCGUUCCAGGUCGGCGUGGAGUUCGGUCUGUCGUGCGAAGUGAGAGGAGGGAAACCCACGCCGGAGGUGAGCUGGCUGGUGAACGGCAAGGAGGUGGACGGCAGACUCGAGGAGUUCGGCCAGAAUAUCGUCGUCAGCAAAUUGACGGUGCCGCAGCUGCGGCGAGAACACCGCAACACCACCUACAAAUGCCAGGCGGCCAACACGCAUCUCAUACCGCCGCUAGAGAAGACUGUGAUCCUCGACGUUUAUCUAAAACCGCUCACCGUGAAGAUACUGUCGAAGCUAACGGUCAUGGAGACGGAGAAGGACUACUCCAUCACCUGCGAAACGACAGGCUCGCAUCCCCGCGCCCGCAUCACCUGGAUCGAGGGGAACGAGACUUUCCGGAACGGCAAGGUGAAGGAGAGCGGCAACGCGUCGGCGGUGCUGAGCACCCUGGUAUUCUCACCCGUCCCCGACGAUCACGGCAAGAUCCUAAAGUGCCGCGGCGAGAACCCGGCCUUGGCGGACGCGUACUUGGAGGACUUCUUCAAGUUGAAUGUUGUCUUCCCGCCUAAAGUACAGCUGCAUCUGGGCAGCACUCUGAACGCGGAGAACAUAAAGGAGGGCGACGAUGUGUACUUCGAAUGCAAAGUCCGCGCCAAUCCGGAGCAUCACAAAAUUACUUGGCGCCACAACGGCGGCGUGCUGACGCAAAACUAUUCCGCCGGUAUCAUCAUGAGCACCCAGAGCCUGGUGCUGCAGGGUAUUGGACGCGACAACGCGGGAAAUUACACGUGUCUCGCCAGCAACGAUCGCGGGGAGACGACUAGUCCGAUUGUGAACCUGAGAGUGCAGUUCGCGCCGGUCUGCAAGACGAAGGAGGUGACGAUUAUCGGGGCCUCGCUGGAGGAAUCCGUGAAGGUGCGCUGCGAGGUAGACGCCGACCCGAGCGAGGUGGACUUUGUCUGGGAGUUCAACAACAGCGGCGAGAACUUCGAAGUCGCGCCGGCCAAGUUUGACGGAAAUAACGGCACCAUGAGCGAGCUCGUCUACACCCCCGAAUCCGAGAGGGAUUACGGCGCUCUGACCUGUUGGGGUAGGAACGCGAUAGGGAAGCAGGAGGCGCCCUGCAUCUAUCAAGUCAUUCCGGCAGUGAAACCGAAUCCCUUGAAUAACUGCACCAUCAAGGCAUCGCUCAAUCAAAGCUCGGAGAUCCUGGAGGUCGAGUGUGUGCCGGGAUACGACGGCGGGCUCCACCAGGAGUUCCGUCUGGAAGCUUACGAGGUGCUGACCGGCAAUCUCCGGGUGAACGCGUCCAGCGUGUCAGCCGAUCUACCGAUCUUCCGGAUCGCCGUGGCCGAUCUUCUGCCGGCCACGCACUUCUACCUAGUGACCUACGCCGUGAACGCCAAGGGUCGCAGCGAAGUAUCUCUGUUGGAGGACAUAAUGCUGCGCGACUCGGAGAAGCACACAGACACCGGCGUCAGCAUGCUGCCGUUGAUCCUGCUGCUGGUCGGCUGCCUGCUGGCCUUCGGCGCGACCGUGAUUUCCGUAUUGCUGAUGAUGUAUCGACGACGCGGCACCACGUCUCCGGUGCACAUCGAGCCCUACAUGAAGCAACCGAUCAUCACGCCGCCGGACUCGAGGAACAAUUCGAUGCUAGACGUGACUCAUGGCGACCACACGUACUUCGUCGAGUACACGCUGAAGCAGGUCACCGAUUACGCGCUCAAUAAUCAACCGGACAUCAUACAGUCACCGCAAGACCAAGAGAAGCUCAAACGCGAGCCACAGCUGUUUUUGCCGGUGAGACCGGACACGCUGUUCGCACCCUAUGACAUUCACAAGCAGGGACUGCAGACGAACAGAUGCAGCCUCAACCCAUUCUCCGCCAAGUCCUGGGAGCCCAUCAGCUUCAAAGCCGAUCGCAACCUGAUGAAGGAGAUCAUCAUCGCCAAUUCCAUACCGGGCCCGGAGAGCUGCGUGUAAACUUGAUCGCGCGAGUGAAUCGGGAGACGCAGACACACUCAAGAAUACACUUACAACACGUACACACAUAUAGAGCAUAUCAUAAGGGCAAUCGAUUUCGGAAGCCUGAAAACUGUACCGCACGCCGUCGCUCGAUGCAACGACGGAUACACGCGGAUAUCAAAGACAAAGUCAACGAAUCUCGUGUCUCGCUUGUUAACGCGCGCCGGUGUGACAUAUCACGAUGACGAUAUCGUAGCAGACAUAUCAGCAUAUCGUAGCAUAUCGUGGCGCGCCACGAUCUCUCCCGAGAUCAUCGAGAGACUUAGGAUCGUCCCCCUCGUCGAUCCAGUGCGAGACCGGGGCGAGGAGAGUCGCGGAGAGACGACGAUUUAGUCGCAUAAUUUAACCGAACGCUACACGUGGUGUACUAUUCCAAGUUUAAUAUAUUUUGUGUCAAGUCUUGAA